CUUUGCUCCCUGAAUCAAAUCGAAUGUGGCGCUGGAACAUCGCCGACUCCGACUCCUUCCGAAUCCGAAUUUGCGCACGAUUCUGCUGUUUGCAGCCAUGAAUUUCUAGGUCUUCUAUUGGUUUCUCAUCUUCCAAUUGUGCUCACCGUGAAUCGAACUUGUUCACUUUGUCGUUGUUCUCCUCCUUCAAUGGCGGGUUCUUCGAUCAUGGACAACCUUUUCCAGCGCACUUUGGAGGAUUUAAUCAAAGGUUUCCGCCUCCAGCUCGUUGGCGAAUCUGCCUUCAUUUCAAAGGCCGUGGAGGAGAUUCGCCGUGAGAUCAAGUCAACCGAUCUCGACACCAAGUCCAUUGCUCUUCAGAAGUUAUCUUACCUGAGUGCAAUUUAUGGCGUCGACAUGUCUUGGGCUGCUUUUCAUGUCGUCGAGGUUAUGUCAUCUUCUCGGUUUGCCCACAAAAAGAUCGGGUACCUUGCUGCCUCCCAGUCCUUUCACGAGGGUACCUCUGUCCUACUUCUUAUUACUAACCAACUUCGCAAAGAUCUCUCGAGCCCUAACGAGUUUGAGGUAAGUCUUGCUCUUGAAUGCCUAUCGAGGAUUGCCACGAUUGAUCUUGCUAGAGAUUUAACACCAGACGUGUUCACAUUGCUGUCUAGUAGCAAGGUUUUUGUGAGGAAGAAAGCGAUUGGGGUGGUCUUAAGGGUUUUUGAUAAAUACCCUGAUGCAGUUAGGGUGUGUUUUAAGCGCUUAGUUGAGAAUUUAGAGAAUUCGGAUUCACAAAUUGUGACUGCGGUGGUGGGGGUCUUCUGUGAGCUCUCUUCUAAAGAUCCCCGAUCAUAUCUUCCCUUGGCGCCUGAGUUUUACAGAAUUUUGAUUGAUUCCAGGAACAACUGGGUUUUGAUAAAGACACUAAAAAUAUUUGCCAAGUUGGCGCCACUUGAACCGAGGUUGGCUAAAAGGAUUGUUGAACCUGUUUGUGAACUUAUGAGGAGAACUGGAGCGAAGUCCUUAAUGUUUGAGUGCGUUAGGACUGUGGUCACCAGCUUGAGUAAUUAUGAGUCUGCAGUCAAAGUGGCUGUCUCAAAGAUUGGGGAGCUGCUGGUUGAUCCGGAUUCAAAUCUCAGAUUUCUUGGACUUCACGCUCUUUCAGUCGUUGCUUCAACCCACUUGUGGGCAGUCCUGGAGAACCAGCAAGUUGUGAUCAAAUCAUUGAGUGAUGAAGAUCCUAAUAUUAAACUCGAGUCUCUGCACCUGGUUAUGGCUAUGGUGUCAGAGAGCAAUGUGACAGAGAUAUCAAAGGUAUUGGUCAAUUAUGCAUUGAAGUCUUCUGACCCAGAAUUUUGCAAUGAGAUUUUGGGUUCCAUUUUAACAACAUGUAGUAAAAAUGUAUAUGAGAUCAUUAUUGACUUUGAUUGGUACGUUUCACUCCUCGGAGAAGUGUCAAGGAUUCCAAAUUGCCAAAAGGGUGAAGAAAUUGAGAACCAGCUCAUUGAUAUUGGUAUGAGAGUGAAGGAUGCUAGAUUGGAGCUUGUCCGGGUUGGCCGUGAUCUGUUGAUAGACCCUGCAUUACUUGGUAAUGUGCAUUUGCAUAGGAUACUAUGUGCUGCUGCUUGGGUUGUCGGGGAAUAUGUUGAGGUUGCAAGUAACCCAUUUGAACUGAUGGAUGCACUACUCCAACCUCGUACAAAUCUCUUGCCACCAUCAGUUAGGGCAGUUUAUAUCCAUUCUUCUUUUAAAAUAUUGAUUUUUUGUCUGGAUUGUUACCUUGUGCAAAAUGAAUGUUCUGUAUCCUCAUUAGAUUCCAGCAAUUUGGCUGGAGGGUAUUCUGGGUUGGUUGGUGGGAAAAAACACACAGAGACUCCUAAUUUGGCAUCAUAUGAAGGUCCACCACAUAAUGCUCAGAAUGAGGGCUUUAGCCCGCAAAAUACAGUGGACUCCUCUAAGGAGUUUGCUGUUCAAAAUAAUACGGAGAGAAUUGUUACUCUGGACCAGACAUCAAUUGCCACUUCUGUGGAAAAGAAUAAUUUCACACUUGAAUCUAUCACUGGUCUCUUAAAUCUAAUUGAAUCAGUUUUAAGCCCCCUUGCAGCAAAUCAGGAUGUUGAAGUACUAGAGAGAGCACGAAGUGUACUUUCUUUUGUUCGAUUAGUUAAAGCAGAAAUAUCUGAUAAUCCCUACCAGAAUGUGGGCAUCUCAGACAAGAAAUAUGCUCAAGUUUCAGCUAUUGUUAAAUUGAUGUGUGAUGCUUUUGCCAACGAACUUGGUCCAGUCUCAUUAAGUGCUCAGGGAAGAGUUGCUGUACCAGAUGGAUUAGUUCUGAAUGAGAAUCUUGAUGACUUAGGAGCAAUAUGUGGUGAUAUUGAACUGCCUUCUUCUAGUUCAUUUUCCAUAGGAGGCCCUCAUUUUGGCACUGCUCCUGACGCUUCUCCAUUUAAUCUUUCAAAGAAAGACGAGACAGAGCCAUUGAAUGAAUCUACUUCUUUGCUUGAACAUCGGAAGCGGCAUGGAUUAUAUUACCUUCCUUCAGAGAAGAAUGAGGUUAGUUCUGAUGAUUAUCCUCCUGCAAAUGACCCUCAGAGAAAGAAUAACUUAAAUGAUGGAUCUGAAGAUCUAGCCAAGUUGGCAGGGCAAUCUCUUAAUUUGAAAAAAAGGCCAAGCCAAAUGAAGCCCAGGCCUGUAGUGGUGAAACUGGAUGAUGGAGAUGUGGUACCAAUUUCAGUUAAGAAGCCUGAGCCAAGAGAUGAUUCACUUUCUGGUGCUGUAAGAGAUGUUCUUUUGGGGAGUGAAGACAAACCAAGUUCAUCUCGAAGCAAUCCUUCUAACAAGUCAUCAGGUAUGAAGAAGGAGAAAAAGAAUCUAAGCACACAUCAUCCAUCUGAGAUCAAAGAAAACUUGAUUGGUGCUGAAAUGCCUGACCAAGCAAAUCCAGAUUUAAAGAGCAAACACCAUAGUUGUCAUAAAGAGAGAAGAAGUCCAAGGAAAACUAUUGAAGGUGAAGAACCUGAUCAAAGGGGAAAGAAAAAGAGUAGUCAUCACCAUAACAGACAUAAAGCUCGUCAAGGAUCCAGUUCACCUUUGAGUGUGGCUUCACAAACCCCAGUAAUUCCAGAUUUUCUUUUGUAGUGACCAAAGAUUUUGCAUUUGAUUUUGUUUUAUGGCUACCUGCUCUCAUUGGUUGAGGCUGUUUACCUGUAUUCUUUGCCCUCGCCCCUCAGUCCUUAGAUCAGUCAUGUAGAUUUUAGUUGCAUUUCUUUUGGUCAUUGUCUAUAAUUUCUUUCUUUUUUGUUUGUUUUUUGCCAUUCAUUCACAGAGAGCAUAUAUGAGAAAUGUUCGAGUUGGAUAUAUUCUGGCUUUCUUUAUCUACAAUAAAUUAUUGAAAUUUUACCAUGAUAUUUUGACCAUGAAUUCUUGAA